UUUCAGAUGAUUAAACUUAUUAUUAUUCUCUUAAUUAUUCUGUUUGAUAUUAAAUGCAAUGGAAAAUCGGUUAGAGUUGGAGUUAGAAUAAAAGAUGAUUGGGGAGAAAAAAGGGAAUUUAAUUAUUUAAAAAAUGUUGACAUAAAAAAGAGAUUUGUAUCGAAAAAAAUUAUAAAGAGAAAUAAUCAACAUGAUAUUAGCUAUUGA